AUGUUUCGGACAGUUCAAGUGCUCCCAGCAGUUCGUCCGCAUUUGACGAUAUCCCGUUCGGACCAGUCCUCACACAUUGAUAUCACCAGAACGAUCAACAGAGGGGAGGCUAGUUCCAGCUACCUCAGCAGUAGCGGUGCAUCCAGUGGUGUCAUUGGCCAUCAAGAAGAUGAAAGUCAAGUUUUGAACACGGGGGCCAUCGUUGGUGUCAUGCUCUCAUGCUUCGUACUCCUUCUCGGGUUGCUGGCUUUUUGGCGCGGUAGACACAAGCAUUGGUUCCGCAAGUCACCGCCAACAAUCUACGUGACGGCUACGAACCGAUCAACAACCCCAGUUGCAGGCCUCUCUCCUUUUCACACCAGAAAUCUGGACAGCAGUGAGUUAUCUAAUGUCUCUGCUCCGAUACAAAUGUGGGAAGACGAGGACAUCACUGCAAUGCGCAUCCCGUUCGAGAAGAUUACGAUGAUGAAGCUUAUCAACUACGGAGGACAUGGCAAGGUGUACCUAGGCACGUAUCGUGACGAACAAGUGGUGAUCAAGCGGCUCCUUCCAGAGAAGAGGAAGAAACUCAAUGAAGUGAACGCCUUCCUCGCUGAGAUCAAGAUGAUGGCGAGUGUCGAGCACCCUCGCAUUGUUCGACUCAUUGGCGUGGCUUGGGAUUCGCUUACGGAUCUCUGCGCCGUCUCGGAAUUCAUGGACGGCGGUGACUUGCACUCAUUGCUCAAGCAUUAUGAGACCCAAAAGCGACCGCACGGAUUCGACUUUAGCAAAGCGCGCAUUGCACUUCACGUGGCCCAUGCAUUGGCAUAUCUUCACUCUCUGGAACCGAUUAUACUUCACCGUGAUCUUAAGUCCAUGAACAUUCUACUGACAUCCAAGUUGAAGGCGAAGAUCACGGAUUUUGAAGUAUCGAGACAAUGCAGUGUCGACACGAUGACAGCAGGCGUGGGCACUGCGCUGUGGAUGGCACCCGAAGUCAUGAUGGGCGAACACUACGGCGCAAGUGCCGACAUCUUCUCGUUCGGCAUCGUUCUGUCCGAACUCGACUCACACUUUCCACCGUACCGAGAGAUGUGGUCCUCGGACGGCCAGAAGAUCUCGAACACAGCCAUUCUCGAGAUGGUCUCUUCGGGUCAACUUCGUAUCGAGUUCUCGCCAAACGCGCCGUUGGAACUUGUGGAUUUAGUUACGCGUGCGUGGAUUUGGAUCCGACAGCACGGCCAAGGGCAAGCGAGGUGCUCUACCGCUUGCAGAUCAUUCUACGGAUGUACGAGGCCUACACGAUCUGACAGACGAGUCUGA